AUGGCAUCAGUGGUCAACACAGGCACCUCGACUGGUUCCGGUAGCAAGCAGAUUCCUUUGCUUUGCACCGUUUGCCCCGAGUCGCCGCGAUUCUCCGAUGUGUCCCACUUGCUCACGCACAUCGCCUCCAAAGGCCAUCUCCAUCAUGAAACUCAGACAAAGCUGAAGGCUCAUCAAGACGUUUCGGCCUCUGUUGCUCUCCAGCAGAAAAUGAAGCGAGUCGAAUCUGACACGGCCGUGAAGAAUGAACGUGAAGAUUUCACUCCCGAUUUUCCCAUGUUUCCGGGAUUCUUCCCAGUUCAUCAUGACGACGAGGUUCAAGACAACUUUUUCGGAUCAGUCGAUAUGAUGUCGCUGAAGGGCCAGAUAUGGCCAGGCAUGGGCAAAAUGGAUCUGGCAAAUGAGGAUAUGAAACGCACUCGCAACCAAAGAAAGCCCAAGUCGGUCAUUGAGAAGAUGAGAAGAACGUCAGAGGGAAUUGAGCCCACCCAAGUCGUUAUGACGGCUGAGUUUGAGGUGGAAAGGGUCAAGGAUGUCUAUGACAGCUCUUCGCCAGUGCCGGACCAAGAGGAGGCGACACCGCCCAAGAAAACAUUGAAGCCUCGCCGAAAGCGUGGAGAGCCGCUCGCAGAAAUCUCUGCCAACAUUCCUCGGGGAGGUAAUCGCCGUCUCACCCGCAACAACGCUGGCCAAGAAAAGAGUUCCAAGCCUCUCCUAGCAUACAGUCGAACUCCAAGCUCUGAUAUCACGCCUACUCUCGGACAGUACAAGCGUUCUCAUGACAUCUUUCGGGAUGAUGAUGAGCUUACCGGCGGAUAUGAUGGACGUUCCAUGUCCAAUGCAUCUCAAAGGGAGCCAAGCUUUGAUUUACGCAGACGAAUGGGGCUGCACCAGUUGAAUCCGAUUGUGCACUCGAAUCUGGCGUCCCCAACGCCCACAUCCAGAGAUAUUCCUGACCGAGGAUUUUCGGCGCGAGACCUCCAGAGAGGCAGAGGCCAAGAACAAGGCCCUUUCAGUCACCAGGAUUUAUCCUAUGCCUUGGAUGGGACGUCGAUCUAUAAUAACACCCCGCGAUUUCCAUUUGCUGCGAAUAACCACUUCAACGCUCUUGGCCAUGAUCAUUUUCGCCUUUCCUCAGGCCACAACGCCCAGCAAAAGUACGAUGACUAUUCGCAUACCAGUGCUGGCGAGGGAAGCACGGUAGCAAACCAGUUCCUCGAUAUACCAGGUACCAAUCCCUUGUUCUCGCAGGAUCGCCUCUUCCUUGGAUCAUGCGGCCAGUCGGGUCCUGCAGCAAGCCUGUCUCCUCUGGGAUUCACAUCGAUAAACCGUAAUCCAGAUACCUCUCACCCGAUGCGUCAAAGCCAGUCAGUCGCCGGCGUCAAAUCCGAGCCACAGCUUUGCGACGUUCUCGACGAUGCCAACAUUGACGACGAAAAGGAGUCACGUUUCCCUGUACAUGGCAUCUGGGAAUCGCAAGGUUCUGAUAACGGCAUCGAGAUCCACGAGGAUCUUCAACACGAUGAACUGGAUCUCUAA